GGCGAUUGAAGCAAAAAUUCGAAGCGCAAGCAUCCUCUCCAGCUGGUAACGCGUCUCGCGUGUUUGGAAGGACUAACUUUAUGUAUUUUUUAGAUGUCCUAAACGAGACUGGCGAAAUGAACAACUGUAUCAAAUAUGCCUUCCGAAGAGGAGCAACAAACUUCGGCAACGGUGGUGGCAGCUCCCGGUUCCAGUGAAGAAUCGACCGACAGGAAAUCACAGACAACGACUACCGAUAAAGAGCACUCAGCCGAACUCCAAGCGAAUCAUCCGGAACCAUCUAGUAGGUUAGAGCCACAGAUCACAUCGCAAACAUCGGAGCCGGAGACCGCACCGAUACCGGCGUCUUCAGAUGAGACACAAUCAUCGGCACGAAUAUCUGCAGCAAAGGAAUCUGUCCGACCUCCCAGCGAACCCGAUACGAACGUAGCAACGUUGGCUUGUGAGGCACGGGAUAAAUCGACAACGGAAGGACCAACGGCAGGGGAACAGGAAACGAAAACAUCUGAUACGCCAAGUGAAGAGAAAGGGAAUGCGGUCGUGGAAAAGCAGCAGUCGAUACAGCCUCCGACGGUACCGGUGAUGGCCAAUGAAGAGGAUGACGAUGAGGAUGAAGACGAAGAUGAAGAAGCAGGUGAUAAUGAGGAGCAGGAGGAACGCGCUGGAAGCCGUGAGGAUGGAUACAGCGAGGGAGGCAGAGGCAGCAGCAGUAAUCGGCAGCAACAAUCCGACACACCGACCGGUGGACAGUAUUACGAAGAUGAUGAAGAGGACGAGGAGGACGAGGGCGAGGAGCCUUCGGAGUUGCGACAGCUCUUUGAACCAAUCAAUGAUUCACAGGCGCAGAGUGAGGACGAGGAGGACGGGGACUACAUACCGGAUGAGGAGGUGAAAAAGACGAUCAUGGUUGGCAGUGACUUUCAGGCGGUGAUCCCAGAAGGCUUGUGCCGAUACGAUGAUGCGCUGCCAUACGAGAACGAGGACAAGCUACUGUGGAACCCGACCGUGCUGAACGAGCAGGAAAUUGAGGAUUUUCUGGUCAAGAUUACGGCGGCACCGGGAAUGGUAGUUGGAGCCGGUGCGGGUACCCCGAAAGGUGGUACCGAUCCGCAGGCAAACAGUGUGUAUGCGAUACCGCUCGGUAGCCAUCUGCGAGACGAUGAACAGUCACUGUAUCUGCUGCAACAGUGUGGUCACAACAUUGACGAGGCGUUACGCCGGCGACGUAUCACCAACAAUGCCGUGCCUGCACCGGAACAACAGAUGAGCAUCUGGUCGGAAGAAGAGUGCCGCAACUUUGAGAAUGGUCUGCGAGUGCAUGGGAAGGACUUCCACAUGAUCCAGCAGACGAAGGUUCGCACUCGGUCGGUCGGGGAGCUGGUACAGUUCUAUUAUCUGUGGAAGAAGACCGAACGCCACGAUCUGUUCGCAAGCAAGGCACGGUUGGAGAAGAAAAAAUACAACCUACACCCGGGGUUAACCGAUCAUAUGGAUAGGUUUCUCGAAGAGCAGGAGAACAGUACCGGGUUCGGGGAUCGUAGCUCGUCGCCGGGCUUCAACAGUCUGUACAGUAGCGCUUCGGAAGCGAAGCGGCAGCGACUGCUCGAUUCGAAAGAACACACUGCCUCAUCGAAGCGUGCGGCCUCGAAUCUGUGACUCGUGGUCAGGCGGAGGGGGUUAAAAUUGCGCCUGAAGGAACGCAAAUGAUGAGCGCUUCCUACUGUCACAUCGAGCCCCAACCGUGUAACAGCCAACUUUCCCCCCCUAGUUUCGACGCACAGCGGCAUCACAGGGCAUCUCCCGAAUGACAUCCUGGCAUGGGAUUGGGCAAGAAGGGUUGGAAAACGCGGGAGGAGUAGGUCGGGUUGAAACCGACAGACAUCGACUGUCGGAGCUCUUCCGAACGAAGUGUGACGCAACUCUUGACACCGUGCAAAUGAUGCUGCUGCUGCCACCGUCGCUGCUGCUAUUGCCUCAACUGCCUUGUGGGUUUUGCUUUGCCGUUUUGUGUUGAUCGUUGAUUGAAGAGGGAGAGUGAGAGUGAGAGUGAGGAGAAAAGGAUAGGAGAAAGCCCACCAUAAGGGAUCGUGCUGCGAGGCGGACUAAUUGUAAUGAUAGGAUAACAUUGUCUGGAAAUCGCAAAGAUGGAAGCACAAAUACACGUUUUUUACACACCGCAAUUGCGUGGGCACAGGAUUUGAAGCGAAAUCAAGGGACCUCGAUUGUAAAUCGUGUACACCUCUCCCCUUUUACACGCGCACCAAUGAAGGAGGACCUAUUGGGUGGGAGGUAUGAAGCAUUGGAUGUAGGAUUGUAUUUUUUAUAAGAUUUUCCUUUAUCUGCCUCACGCGUAUUUGUACAGCUGUUGUUUCCUGGAAGGAUCGAGCACCGCUAUUGGUGGUGGUAGUAAUUAGUGACCGGAGACCGAUAGAAUGUGUAGAUAGCAGGGAUGAAACCGAGCGAAAGAUAUUCUCUAUUGAUUCGAAAGCAAUCAAGCACGUUAAUUUAUCGAACGCCAUGAAUCAACAGCCAAUCGACUCCUGGGCCCGGAAAGAACAAUCUCUUAAGUUUUUGUUUAUUGCGGAGGAGGGGUACUGUAAAAAAGCGUUGAACAGUAAAUACAUGCUAGGAUAAAAAAUAAUGGUUAAUGUUUGUACCACGCUUGGAAAGAACAGAGAGCGAUAUUUGAUAUUAAGCCUCCGACCGUCAGGGAGAAGCGGCAAAGGCCAACUUGCUAAGAAAGUUGUUUUCAGAGUGCAGAAGGAUAAACAUACGUUUUGAUUACUUUGGCAGUGAAACGUACACCCGGGUCAACGAAUGAAGCAAGAAAGAAACAGCAGUAUUGGUACGAUAUAGCGGGAAAAGAGUCUCGACAGAUUCAAACUCAAGGCAAACAUUUCGGUAUAGCUCGCUAAUGCGGAACGGACUGAAAUUGUAGGAACUUACUCUAGGCAUCCUUAUCAUAGAUGUUCGGCUAUGGGUAUUAGUCACGCAUUCGUUUACACGGUACAGGUAGACAAAUGAAAAAUUACUCAAAAUUACUAAAAAAAAACAGAAGAAAAAUUUACAUUUUAAACUGCUAAAUUCAUGUACGGGCAAAUAUCGA